UCGGCCCGGGCAGGGCUCAAAGGCGGCGGCGGCAGUGCGUCCGCCGCCCGCUCGGACGCGCGCCCGCCCUCUCCCUUCUCGGCCGCCCCCCUCGCCCGCGCCGCCUCCCAUACCUGAGCCGGGAGCGGCGCUGCGCGGCCUCCUCCCCCGCCCGCCCGGUCGCCACUCCUGCCCGGCCGCCGCUGCGCCGCCACUGCCGCGGGAGUAAAGGUCGCGCCGGCAGAGAGCGAGCCGGCUGCGGCGCCUCCAGGAAGCCGGCGGGGCAGGUUGGAGAAAAGGGGAAAGAACCGAGAAACUCUCGAACAGCCCAGGAAGAUGGCGCCAGGAGGGCCGGCCAUGGACUGAGAGCCGCUGGGGCCGCGAAGAGCCGGACCCGCCCCCCAUUGGGGCACGAGCGAGGGCAGCCCGCCAGGCACCGAGCUCGAGCCCGGGCCCGGCCCGGCCUGCGGGGUCAUGUCGGUCAGUGAGCUCUACAGCCAGUACACAAGAGUCUGGAUCCCUGACCCAGAUGAAGUGUGGCGCUCCGCUGAAUUAACCAAGGACUACAAGGAGGGUGAGAAGAGCCUCCAGCUCAGACUGGAAGAUGAAACUAUUCAGGAGUACCCCAUUGACGUCCAAAAGAACCAGCUUCCCUUCCUGCGGAAUCCAGAUAUCCUGGUGGGAGAAAAUGACCUAACUGCCUUGAGCUAUCUACACGAGCCUGCAGUUUUGCACAAUUUAAAGGUCCGUUUCCUGGAGUCCAACCAUAUCUACACUUACUGUGGUAUCGUGCUUGUUGCCAUUAAUCCUUAUGAACAGUUGCCAAUCUAUGGUCAAGAUGUCAUCUAUGCCUACAGUGGCCAGAACAUGGGGGACAUGGACCCUCACAUCUUUGCUGUGGCAGAGGAAGCCUACAAGCAGAUGGCCAGGGACGAGAAGAACCAGUCCAUCAUAGUCAGUGGGGAGUCUGGAGCUGGCAAGACCGUGUCAGCCAAGUAUGCCAUGCGCUAUUUUGCCACCGUGAGUGGCUCCGCCAGUGACACCAACAUCGAAGAGAAGGUGCUGGCAUCCAGUCCCAUCAUGGAGGCCAUUGGAAAUGCUAAAACCACACGCAAUGACAACAGCAGCCGUUUUGGAAAGUACAUUCAGAUUGGCUUUGACAAGAGGUACCACAUCAUUGGGGCCAACAUGAGGACGUACCUGUUGGAGAAGUCCAGAGUGGUCUUUCAGGCAGAUGAUGAGAGGAAUUACCACAUCUUUUACCAGCUCUGUGCUGCUGCCAGUCUCCCAGAAUUUAAAGAGCUUGCACUAACCUGUGCAGAGGACUUCUUCUAUGCGUCACAAGGAGGAGACACGUCCAUCGAGGGUGUGGAUGAUGCUGAGGACUUUGAGAAGACUCGACAAGCCUUCACUCUCCUUGGAGUGAGAGAGUCCCAUCAGAUAAGCAUUUUUAAGAUAAUUGCUUCCAUCCUACACCUUGGAAAUGUGGAGAUUCAGGCCGAGCGUGAUGGUGAAUCCUGUAGUAUAUCACCCGGGGAUGAGCACCUAAGCAACUUCUGCAGACUGCUUGGGGUGGAGCACGGCCAGAUGGAGCACUGGCUGUGCCAUCGCAAGCUGGUCACCACCUCAGAGACCUACGUCAAGACCAUGUCCCUGCAGCAGGUGGUCAACGCGCGAAACGCACUGGCCAAGCACAUCUACGCCCAGCUGUUCGGCUGGAUCGUGGAGCACAUCAACAAAGCCCUGCACACCAGCCUCAAGCAGCAUUCCUUCAUCGGAGUCCUGGACAUCUACGGGUUCGAAACAUUUGAGGUGAACAGCUUUGAGCAGUUUUGUAUCAAUUAUGCAAACGAGAAGCUCCAACAGCAGUUCAACUCGCAUGUAUUCAAGCUGGAGCAAGAGGAGUACAUGAAGGAGCAGAUCCCUUGGACCUUGAUUGAUUUUUAUGAUAAUCAACCCUGUAUCGACCUCAUAGAGGCUAAGCUGGGCAUCUUGGACCUGUUGGAUGAAGAAUGUAAGGUCCCCAAAGGAACUGACCAGAACUGGGCUCAGAAGCUCUAUGACCGACACUCAGGCAGCCAACACUUCCAGAAACCCCGCAUGUCCAACACGGCCUUCAUCGUCGUCCACUUUGCAGAUAAGGUGGAGUACCUUUCAGAUGGUUUUCUGGAGAAAAACAGAGACACAGUGUACGAAGAGCAGAUCAACAUCCUGAAGGCCAGCAAGUUCCCACUCGUGGCUGACUUGUUCCAUGAUGACAAAGACUCUGUUCCUGCCACCGCCUCAUCAUCAAAGAUCAGUGUUCGUUCAGCCAGACCCCCCUUGAAAACCUCUAACAAGGAGCACAAGAAGACCGUGGGCCACCAGUUCCGCACCUCCCUGCACCUGCUCAUGGAGACCCUGAACGCCACGACACCUCACUACGUCCGCUGCAUCAAGCCCAACGAUGAGAAGCUCCCCUUCCACUUCGACCCAAAGAGAGCUGUGCAGCAGCUCCGAGCGUGUGGGGUGCUGGAAACCAUUCGCAUCAGCGCAGCCGGCUACCCGUCCAGGUGGGCCUACCAUGACUUCUUCAACCGGUAUCGGGUGCUAAUCAAGAAGAGAGAGCUCGCUAACACAGACAAGAAGGCCAUCUGCAGGUCUGUGCUGGAGAGCCUCAUCAAGGAUCCUGACAAGUUCCAGUUUGGCCGCACCAAGAUCUUCUUCCGGGCGGGCCAGGUGGCCUACCUGGAGAAGCUUCGGGCUGACAAGUUCCGGGCAGCCACCAUCAUGAUCCAGAAAACCGUCCGGGGCUGGCUGCAGAAGGUGAAGUACCGCAGGUUGAAGGGGGCUACCUUAACCCUGCAGAGGUACUGCCGAGGACUCCUGGCCCGCAGGCUGGCUGAGCACCUGCGGAGAACCCGGGCGGCCGUGGUGCUCCAGAAGCAGUACCGCAUGCAGAGGGCCCGCCAAGCCUACCAGAUGGUCCGCAGGGCUACUGUCGUCAUCCAGGCCUUCGCUCGGGGCAUGUUUGUGCGGAGAAUCUAUCACCAGGUCCUUAGGGAGCACAAGGCCACCAUCAUCCAGAAGCAUGUGCGGGGCUGGAUGGCUCGCAGGCACUUCCAUCGGCUGCGGGGUGCGGCCAUUGUCAUCCAGUGUGGCUUCCGGAGGCUCAAGGCCAAGCAGGAGCUGAAAGCCCUGAAGAUAGAGGCCCGCUCAGCAGAGCACCUGAAACGCCUCAACGUGGGCAUGGAGAACAAGGUGGUCCAGCUGCAGCGCAAGAUCGACGACCAGAACAAAGAGUUCAAGACACUGUCGGAGCAGCUGUCAGCAGUCACCUCCACACACGCCAUGGAGGUGGAGAAGCUGAAGAAGGAGCUGGCCCACUACCAGCAGAGCCAGGGUGAGGACAGCAGCCCGCAGCUGCAGGAAGAGGUCGAGAGCCUGCGGAUGGAGCUGCAGAGGGCCCACUCGGAGCGCAAGGUCCUGGAGGACACCCACACCCGGGAGAAGGAUGAGCUGAGAAAGCGAGUUGCAGACCUGGAGCAAGAAAAUGCUCUGUUGAAAGAUGAGAAAGAACAGCUUAACAACCAAAUCCUGUGCCAAUCCAAAGACGACUUUGCCCAGAACUCAGUCAAGGAAAACCUCCUGAUGAAGAAGGAGCUGGAGGAGGAGCGCUCCCGGUACCAGAACCUGGUGAAGGAGUAUUCCCGGCUGGAGCAAAGAUAUGACAACCUGCGGGAUGAGAUGACCCUUGUCAAGCAAACCCCAGGCCACAGGCGGAACCCAUCAAACCAAAGCAGCUUAGAGUCUGACUCUAAUUACCCCUCCAUCUCCACAUCUGAGGUCGGAGACACAGAGGAUGCCCUCCAACAGGUAGAGGAAAUCGGCCUGGAGAAGGCAGCCAUGGACAUGACAGUCUUCCUGAAGCUGCAGAAGAGAGUGAGGGAGCUUGAGCAGGAGAGGAGGAAGCUGCAGGUACAGUUGGAGAAGAGAGAACAGCAGGACGGCAAGAGAGUCCCGGCGGAACAACCAAAGAAUGACUUAGAUCUGGACCAGGAUGCAGAUCUAGCCUACAAUAGCCUGAAGAGGCAGGAGCUGGAGUCGGAGAACAAGAAGCUGAAGAAUGAGCUGAAUGAACUGAGGAAAGCCGUGGCCGACCAAGCCUCAGCGCACACAGCCGCCCACGGCGCCCCAGAUGGCUAUAGCCUCCUGCUGAACCAGCUGAAGCUGGCCCACGAGGAGCUGGAGGUGCGCAAGGAGGAGGUGCUCAUCCUGAGGACCCAGAUCGUGAGUGCGGACCAGCGCCGCCUGGCGUCCAAGAGCUCGGAGCCGAACAUCAAUGCCAGAACAAGCUGGCCUAACAGCGAAAAGCAUGUGGAUCAGGAAGAUGCUAUCGAGGCCUAUCACGGGGUCUGCCAGACUAACAGCCCCUUUCUCAUGGUUGAGGAAAUGGAGCUGUGCAGGCUCACGGAGUCAGGGUGGCCUCCAGAAGGACUGACUCCCAGGACCGGCUGCCUCCAGCGCACUGCAGAGGUGAUCCGAAGGUUGCUGGAGGCCCAGCUGCAGGCCCAGAGCCGUGAGCAUGAGGAGGAGGUGGAGGGUCUCAAGGCCCAGGUGGAGGCCCUGAAGGAGGAGCUGGACAAGCAGCAGCAGACCUUUUGCCAGACGCUGCUGCUCUCCCCAGAGGCACAGGUGGAGUUCGGCGUCCAGCAGGAGAUAUCCCGGCUGACUAACGAGAACCUGGACCUUAAAGAACUGGUGGAAAAGCUGGAAAAGAAUGAGAAGAAGCUCAAAAAGCAAUUAAAGAUUUACAUGAAGAAAGUCCAGGACCUGGAAGCUGCCCAGGCACUGGCGCAGAGUGAGAAGAGGCGCCACGAGCUCAACAGGCAGGUCACCGUGCAGCGGAAAGAGAAGGACUUCCAGGGCAUGUUGGAGUACCACAAGGAGGACGAGGCCCUGCUCGUUCGGAAUCUGGUGACAGAGCUGAAGCCCCAGGCCCUGGCGGGCACAGUGCCCUGCCUCCCAGCCUACAUCCUCUACAUGUGUAUCAGGCACGCGGACUACGUGAACGAUGACCUCAAGGUGCACUCCCUGCUGACCUCCACCAUCAACGGCAUCAAGAAAGUCCUCAAGAAGCACAAUGAUGACUUUGAGAUGACGUCAUUCUGGUUAUCCAAUACCUGCCGCCUCCUGCAUUGCUUGAAGCAGUACAGCGGCGAUGAGGGCUUCAUGACUCAGAACACCGCCAAGCAGAACGAGCACUGCCUUAAGAACUUUGACCUCACUGAAUACCGCCAGGUGCUGAGCGACCUUUCCAUUCAGAUCUACCAGCAGCUCAUUAAAAUCGCUGAGGGCCUGUUGCAGCCCAUGAUAGUGUCUGCCAUGUUGGAGAAUGAAAGCAUUCAGGGUCUAUCCGGUGUGAAGCCAACGGGCUACCGGAAGCGCUCCUCCAGCAUGGCGGACGGGGAUAGCUCGUACUGCCUGGAAGCCAUCAUCCGCCAGAUGAAUUCCUUUCACACAAUCAUGUGUGACCAGGGCCUGGACCCUGAGAUCAUCCUGCAGGUGUUCAAACAGCUCUUCUACAUGAUCAACGCAGUGACUCUCAACAACCUGCUUCUGCGGAAGGACGUCUGCUCGUGGAGCACAGGCAUGCAGCUCAGGUACAACAUAAGUCAGCUGGAGGAGUGGCUUCGAGGAAGAAACCUGCACCAGAGCGGAGCUGUUCAGACCAUGGAACCUCUGAUCCAGGCAGCCCAGCUCCUGCAGUUAAAGAAGAAAACCCCUGAGGACGCCGAGGCCAUCUGCUCCCUGUGCACUGCCCUCAGCACCCAGCAGAUUGUCAAAAUUUUGAACCUUUAUACUCCUCUGAAUGAAUUCGAAGAACGGGUAACAGUGGCCUUUAUACGAACAAUCCAGGCACAACUGCAAGAGCGGAAUGAUCCUCAGCAACUGCUGUUAGACUUCAAGCACAUGUUUCCAGUUUUGUUCCCAUUUAAUCCAUCUUCUCUGACCAUGGACUCCAUCCACAUCCCAGCGUGUCUCAACCUGGAGUUCCUCAAUGAAGUCUGAAAAAUGCACAUUUCCAGCUUUGGCUUGAUUGCCAAUGAGAGCAUGAAGGAAGGAUAGAGUAAAGUGAAUUUAAGGAUCUGUUAAAUCUAUAAAAGUAGAUCAAAUCAGAGGUUGAGCGCUUUGUGCAGAGUGAGCUAUACAGAAUAAGACACAUCUGUCCUUAUAUUUUGUAUCUACCGCUCAGAAUAAAAACACUUGAAAUAUGGAA